UCCCUGUUGUGCUGAGCCCCCUCUUGCCUCCCACAGCAUCCCUGCUCCGCGUCCCCUGCGAGCUGGUGCUGGACAUGGGGUUCGUCCCUGCCCUGCAGGACCCCGCGUCCCGUGAGCGCCGUGGUCUGCUGCACAGCUUCAACCGGACGGUUGCGCCCCUGUUCAUGUCGGUGCCCGGCUUCCUGCGGCUGGAGGUGACGGGGAUCAGGGAGGGCAGCGUGGUGCUGGAGUACGACGCGUUGUUUGCAGCGGAGCGGGUGCGGGCGCCGGGGCUAGGAGCGCUCCUCGACGCCGCGCUGGGCUCUGGCGGCGCCCGGCCGGGGCUGGCGGUGGGCGCUGCCCCCGUCCUGCGCAACGUGGCCCUGGAGCGGCCGCUGGACCCCUGUGCUGAGCUCUUCUCCUGCCGGGCCGGCUUCGCCUGCGUGGCCGGGGCAGACGGGAACGCCACCUGCACGUCCCUCUGCCACCGCGACUACUGCAAGAACCAUGGCAUCUGCACCCACCCCCGGGACCGGGGGCCCCUCUGCCAGUGUCCCGUCGGCAGUGAUUUCUGGUUCAUGGGGCUGCGCUGCGACUACCGGGUGACGCAGCAGAGCCUGCUGGGCAUGGCCGUCGGGGUCCUGUUCAGCAUCGUCCUGCUGGGCGCCGUCGUCGCCGGGAUCGUCAUCCGCCGGUUCAAGGCGCUGCUGCUGGAGGCCAGGGCUGACCAGACCCGGAGCAGCUACCGGCGCUUCUGCCGGCUGGACGAUGUCUCGGCCCAGUACUGGUCGCGCUCCUGGCUGGCGUCGGCCAGCUCCCUGGACAACCCUGCCUUCACCAACUCGGAGGAGCUGCUGCACCUGCAGGUCUUGGACAACGGCUGCUGCGGCUGCCGCGAGGCCCCGGCCGGUGCCAGCAGCCACAAGCAGCGCCCCGCGCCGCCCGCCCGCCCCGCGCACAGGCCCAGUUUCCAUUACGACUGGGACACAAGUUCCAGCAGCGUGAAUGAUCCCAUGGUUGACUCAGGAAAAGCCAGCGACAUCUCCGUGUCAAGUUGGCCCAUGGAACCCAUCCCCUGGACACCCUUCCCCAUCCUCCAUCACCUCUCCAGGCAGCGACCGCACAAAGCCAGGCAGCCUCACUCUUACUGCGAGGGGAUGGAGCUGGUCAAUCUCGAGAGGAGCUGGACAGCCUGACGGCUACAGACUAAAACACAGGCAACAAGUUUCAGCUUUAAAAACCAACCACAUUUUAUUUCCACGUAACAAGCUCAGUGAAAGAAUUGCAAACAC